CAAUUAUCUGUCUUUUCAUUUCGAGCAUUUCGUGCUUCGACAUUAUAUUUGAAAACGUGGUUCUGAAAAAAAUCAUUAAAAAUGGUCAACUUUACUGUCGACGAAAUCCGUGCUAUGAUGGACAAAAAGAAGAACAUCCGUAACAUGUCUGUCAUAGCUCAUGUCGAUCAUGGAAAAUCUACACUGACUGACUCUUUAGUAUCAAAAGCUGGUAUUAUUGCUGGUGCAAAAGCCGGAGAAACUCGUUUCACAGAUACUCGUAAGGAUGAGCAGGAAAGAUGUAUCACAAUUAAGUCAACCGCUAUUUCAAUGUACUUUGAAUUGGAAGAUAAGGAUUUAGUCUUUAUCACAAAUCCAGAUCAACGCGACAAAGCCGAAAAGGGAUUCUUAAUUAACUUGAUUGAUUCACCCGGUCACGUUGAUUUCUCAUCAGAAGUCACAGCUGCUCUUCGUGUCACUGACGGUGCUCUUGUUGUUGUCGAUUGUGUAUCAGGUGUAUGUGUCCAAACUGAAACUGUCUUGCGUCAAGCUAUUGCCGAACGUAUAAAGCCUGUUUUGUUCAUGAACAAGAUGGAUCGUGCAUUGUUGGAAUUGCAAUUAGAAGCAGAAGAUUUAUAUCAAACAUUCCAGCGUAUUGUUGAAAACGUUAACGUUAUUAUUGCCACAUACAGUGAUGACGAUGGUCCAAUGGGUGAGGUUCGUGUCGACCCCUCAAAAGGUUCAGUCGGUUUCGGAUCAGGUCUUCAUGGAUGGGCUUUUACACUCAAACAAUUCUCAGAGAUGUAUGCUGCUAAAUUCAAGAUUGAUGUUGUCAAACUCAUGAACCGUUUAUGGGGAGAGAAUUUCUUUAAUGCAAAGACAAAGAAAUGGUCCAAGAUGAAGGAAGAAGACAACAAACGUUCAUUCGUCAUGUAUGUUUUAGAUCCAAUCUAUAAAGUAUUUGAUGUUGUUAUGAAUUACAAGAAGGAAGAAAUUCCCGGCUUAUUAGAAAAACUUGGAGUUACACUCAAGCAUGAAGAUAAGGAUAAGGAUGGAAAGGCCUUAUUGAAGGUUGUUAUGCGUUCAUGGCUUCCAGCUGGCGAAGCUUUACUUCAGAUGAUUGCCAUUCAUUUACCAUCACCAGUCGUUGCACAAAAGUAUCGUAUGGAAAUGUUGUAUGAAGGUCCAUUAGAUGACGAAGCAGCUGUUGCAGUCAAAACUUGCGAUCCAAAUGGUCCAUUGAUGAUGUACAUCUCUAAGAUGGUACCAACAACUGACAAGGGACGUUUCUAUGCUUUCGGACGUGUAUUCUCUGGAAAAGUACAAACUGGUCAAAAAUGCAGAAUUAUGGGACCAAAUUAUACACCUGGAAAGAGAGAAGAUUUGUAUGAAAAGUCAAUCCAACGUACAAUUUUGAUGAUGGGACGUUAUGUUGAAGCCAUUGAGGAUGUUCCAUGUGGUAACAUUUGCGGUUUAGUCGGUGUCGAUCAAUUCUUGGUCAAGACUGGUACAAUCUCAACAUUCAAAGAUGCUCACAACAUGAAGGUUAUGAAGUUCUCUGUAUCACCUGUUGUACGUGUUGCUGUCGAACCCAAGAAUCCAGCUGAUUUACCCAAACUCGUUGAAGGUCUUAAACGUUUAGCCAAAUCCGAUCCUAUGGUACAAUGUAUCAUUGAAGAAUCAGGUGAACACAUUAUUGCUGGUGCCGGUGAAUUGCAUUUGGAAAUUUGCUUAAAGGAUUUGGAAGAAGAUCACGCCUGUAUUCCAUUGAAGAAAUCAGAUCCAGUUGUAUCAUAUCGUGAAACAGUCUCAGACGAAUCAAGCAUGAUGUGCUUAUCAAAAUCACCAAACAAACAUAAUCGUUUGUUCAUGAAGGCUCAUCCAAUGCCCGAUGGAUUGGCUGAAGAUAUCGAUGGAGGUGCUGUAAAUGCUCGUGACGACUUCAAAGUCCGUGCUCGUUAUCUUGCUGAGAAAUACGAUUGGGAUGUCACUGAAGCUCGUAAAAUCUGGUGCUUCGGACCUGACGGAACCGGUCCAAAUGUAGUUGUUGAUGUCACCAAGGGAGUUCAAUACUUGAACGAAAUUAAGGAUUCAGUCGUUGCCGGUUUCCAAUGGGCAACAAAGGAAGGAAUUUUGGCUGAAGAGAACAUGAGAGCCGUUCGAUUCAACAUUUAUGAUGUAACCUUACAUGCUGACGCUAUCCAUAGAGGUGGUGGACAAAUCAUUCCAACAACACGUCGUUGCUUGUAUGCUUCAUAUAUCACAGCUGCUCCACGUCUUAUGGAGCCCGUAUAUUUGUGUGAAAUUCAGUGUCCAGAAGUAGCUGUCGGUGGUAUUUAUGGUGUAUUGAAUCGUCGUCGUGGUCAUGUCUUUGAAGAAUCACAAGUUAUGGGAACACCAAUGUUCGUUGUUAAAGCAUAUUUGCCAGUAAAUGAAUCAUUCGGUUUCACAGCUGAUUUACGUUCAAAUACAGGAGGACAAGCUUUCCCACAGUGUGUGUUUGAUCAUUGGCAAGUCUUCCCAGGAGAUCCCGCUGAGCCACAAUCAAAACCAUACCAGAUUGUACAAGACACAAGAAAACGUAAGGGUCUUAAAGAGGGUCUACCAGAUUUAACCCAAUACUACGACAAAAUGUAAUCGCGAUAUAAUAUCAAGCUUCAAAUUAUUACUAUUAUUAUUAAAAAAAAAAACACAAUCUUUCUCUUUUCAUUUUAAACAAUUUUUUGAUUUUGAUUCAAAAUAAUAUAUUAUAUUAUAUAUUAAAAUAUGUCACGCGCAACUACGAAAUUGAGAGCCUCCCGUCACUAAGCGUUGAUAAUUACCUUUCAUUUUUUUUUUAUUAAUCAAUUGUUUUAAUCAAUUUGAAAUACUUUUUUGAGAAUGAGCCUUUCAAUUUCGCAAGUCGACUUUGAUUUGUGAAAGAUUUAAUAGCCAUAAGAUAAAAAGUUUGCUUAUUUGAGCCGUUAACGAGCAGCGAUUUACGAUAAAUGAUUUUUCCAGAAGAACAUGGCAUAAAACACUCGUCAGAACUACAUUUUCAUGUGUCCUUUUUGUUCACAUUGAUAUAAAAAAAAGUUUAAGAUUAAAAAUGUGAAAAUAAACUCUAUUUUCACGAACAAAACA